AUGGGAAAUAAUAUAUCAAGUACGACAACUUCGAUAGCAACAGCAGGUAUCGAUAGUUAUGUUAGUGAACUUGGAGAUAUUGAAUAUGAACGAAGUUUAAGUAGUGCACGUUUUAUGAAGACUAUAUGUGGAAGACAUAAAGAAGGUCUUGUGGUGGUAAAAAUAUUUAUAAAACCAACACCCGGAUUGUCCUUGUCAAACGUUGUUAAAGCGCUUCAAGAGGAAAAAGAAGCAUUAUCAGAAGUUCCAAAUGCCUUUCCAUAUCAAAGAAUAAUUGAGACAGAAAAAGCGGGAUAUAUAAUCAGACAAUAUUUUUUUAGUAGUCUUUAUGAUCGUAUAAGCACACGUCCAUUUUUAAAUUGCAUUGAGAAAAAAUGGAUAACAUAUCAAAUAUUGUGUGGUGUUCAUGAUGCUCAUACUAGAGGGAUUUAUCAUGGAGAUAUUAAAACAGAAAAUAUUUUUGUUACUUCAUGGAAUUGGGAUAAUCCAGCAGAUUUUUCAUUCUUCUUUGACACAUCUUCACGAAGAACUUGUUACCUUGCUCCAGAAAGAUUUUACAAACCUGGUAGUGAGAUUGAUAGAAGAAAGAGUGAACUAGAAUUUGGAGAAAAGGAUGCAGAAGUAUUUUUGGAGGGAACACCAAUAUUUUCUCUUGCACAAUUAUUCAAAUAUAGAUCAGGGGAAUAUGAUCCAAGUAUAUAUUUAGAUAAAAUUGAGGAUGAAGAUAUGAAAGUAAUGGUUAAACAUAUGAUUAAUGUCGACCCAUCGCAACGUUAUACGGCAGAACAAUAUUUGCAAGAAUGGUAUACAUAUA